GCUCCCCCGCUUCCCCUUCCCCCUCCCCGCACACCGCCUGCCGCGGCUUCCCCCUAUCGCGAUAGUCGCCGGCGGCGCGGGGGGGGGGGCCGCCAUGUCGAGCAGCGGUCGCAGCCCUUUGCCGACCGUCAACGAGAGGGACGCGGAACAGCCCGGCGCCGUGGAGGGCAAGGGCGGCGGCAAGGCCAGCAUGCUGCGGGGCCGCAACGCGGGCACGGCCGCCGAGGAGCAGCCCCACAUCGGCAACUACCGGCUGCUCAAAACCAUCGGCAAGGGCAACUUCGCCAAGGUCAAGCUGGCCCGGCACGUCCUCACCGGCAAGGAGGUGGCCGUGAAAAUCAUUGACAAGACGCAGCUCAACUCCUCCAGCCUGCAGAAGCUCUUCAGGGAAGUGCGGAUCAUGAAGGUCCUGAACCAUCCCAACAUAGUGAAGCUCUUUGAGGUGAUCGAGACGGAGAAGACGCUGUACCUGGUCAUGGAGUACGCCAGCGGGGGUGAGGUGUUCGAUUACCUGGUGGCCCACGGGCGCAUGAAGGAGAAGGAGGCGCGGGCCAAGUUCCGACAGAUAGUGUCGGCCGUGCAGUACUGCCACCAGAAAUUCAUUGUGCACAGGGACCUCAAGGCCGAGAACCUGCUGCUGGACGCCGACAUGAACAUCAAGAUCGCGGAUUUCGGCUUCAGCAACGAGUUCACGUUCGGGAACAAGCUGGACACGUUCUGCGGCUCGCCGCCCUACGCCGCCCCCGAGCUCUUCCAGGGCAAGAAGUACGACGGGCCCGAGGUGGACGUGUGGAGCCUGGGGGUCAUCCUGUACACGCUGGUCAGCGGCUCGCUGCCCUUCGACGGCCAGAACCUCAAGGAGCUGCGGGAGCGCGUGCUGCGGGGCAAGUACCGCAUCCCCUUCUACAUGUCCACGGACUGCGAGAACCUGCUCAAGAAAUUCCUGAUCCUCAACCCCACCAAGAGGGGCACCCUGGAGCAAAUCAUGAAGGACCGCUGGAUGAACGUGGGCCACGAGGACGACGAGCUGAAGCCCUACAUGGAGCCCGUGCCUGACUACAAGGACCCCCGCAGGACAGAGCUGAUGGUGUCCAUGGGCUACACGCGGGAGGAGAUCCAGGAGUCGCUGGUGGGGCAGAAGUACAACGAGGUGAUGGCCACGUACCUGCUGCUGGACCACAAGAGCUCCGAGCUGGAGGACAGCCUGUCUCUCAAGCCCCGCGUGGCCCCGGAGGUCGCCAACAGCUCGGGCCCCUCCCCCGCGCACAAGGUGCAGCGCAGCGUGUCAGCGAACCCCAAACGGAGAGUGAGCGACCAGGCCGGGCUCUCCAUCCCCACCUCGGCCUCGUACUCGAAGAAAACGCAGGCGGCCAACGCCGAGAACAAGCGGGGAGGAGGAGGAGGAGGAGCGGGAGGAGGAGGAGGAGGAGCCGGGGAGGAAGAGGGCGGCGGGGGCGGGGGGCGCCGCGCCGGCAGCACGGCCAAGGUGCCCCCGAGCCCCCUGCCCGGCCUGGAGCGCUCCAAGGGCACCCCCUCCCCAUCCACGAACAGCGUCCUGUCCACGGGCACCGCGCGCAGCCGCAACUCGCCCCUGCCGGAGCGCGCCAGCCUGGGCCAGAGCUCGCUGCAGAACGGCAAGGACAGCGCCGCCCCCCCCCGGGUCCCGGCCGCCUCCCCCUCGGCGCACAACGUCAGCCAGGGCGGGGGUCCCGCGGAGCGGCCCAGCUUCCCGCGGGGGGUCUCGAGCCGCAGCACGUUCCACGCGGGGCAGCUGCGAGCGCCCCGGGACCCCCGGGACCCCCGGGACCCCCUGCCCUACGCGCUGCCCCCCGGGCUGCCCCCGCCCGCCUCGCCCUCGGGCGCCAGCCAGGGCCGGCGCGGGCCCUCGGCCAGCCUGUUCAGCAAGUUCACCUCCAAGUUCGUGCGCAGAAAUCUGUCUUUCAGGUUUGCCAGAAGGAACCCCCACGAGCCCGAGAGCAAGGAGAGGGUGGAGACCCUCAGACCCGCGGUGGGCCCCGACAAGGACCCCCGCGACGCCGGGCGCGACGCCAAGCCGCGCUCGCUGCGCUUCACGUGGAGCAUGAAGACCACGAGCUCGCUGGAGCCCGGGGAGAUGCUGCGCGAGAUCCGCAAGGUGCUGGACGCCAACAGCUGCCGCUGCGAGCCCCAGGAGCGCUUCGUGCUGCUGUGCGCCCACGGCGCGCCCGGGCACGACUCCUUCGUGCAGUGGGAGAUGGAGGUGUGCAAGCUGCCCCGGCUCUCGCUCAACGGCGUCCGCUUCAAGCGCAUCGCCGGCACCUCCAUGGCCUUCAAGAACAUCGCCUCCAAGGUGGCCAACGAGCUCAAGCUCUGAGCCACGGCGGGGACGGCUGGGGCGGCCACGGAGCU